AUGGUAGACGCCAAAUUCAUUCCCACCGCUGACGGCAACACGCCAGAUGUGCGGAAAGCGCUGUUACAAGAGGCACAAAAGCAACAUAUCAAGAACAACCCGGUAUCUUUUGACCUAUAUAAAUCCGGCCUAGCCCAUAUGCCGGGGGCCAACACCCGUUCUGUGCUUCACGUUCAGCCUUUCCCAAUUACAAUUGCUCGAGGAGAAUCCGCCAAGCUGGUCGACGUCGACGGCCACAAGUACCUCGAUUUCCUGGGCGAAUUCUCCGCUGGAGUGUAUGGACAUAGUUCUCCGGUGAUCAAGAAGGCCAUCAUCGAUGCCCUCAAUAAAGGCUGGAACUUCGGUGGAAAGAACGAGUACGAGGCAAUGUUGGCAAAGAUCUUGGUCGAUCGUUUCAGUUACAGCAUGGAUUCGAUCCGAUUCUGCAACUCAGGCACGGAGGCGAACCUUAUGGCUCUCGGGGCGGCCGUCAAUUUUACUCGGAAGCAGAAGAUCCUUGCUUUCCAAAACAGUUAUCACGGUAGCACGCUUACCUUCUUCGCACACGAAUCCAAAUAUACUCUGAACUCUUACAAGGACUUUGUCGUCGCUCCAUACAACGACAUAUCAGAAACCCAAGCCAUGGUGUCAAAUCUACCACCUGAGUCGCUAGCUGCCAUUAUUGUGGAGCCAAUGCAAGUAUCGGGAGGCUGUAUCCCUGGCACAUCUGAAUUUCUCAAGCUUCUGCGCGACCUGGCAACUAAACACAAGGCCGUUCUAAUCUUUGACGAAGUCAUGACAUCACGCCUUCAUUACGGAGGUCUUCAGGUUAAGCACGAUAUCAAGCCUGACAUGACGACUAUUGGCAAGUGGGCUGGAGGAGGAAUGAGCUUUGGCGCCUUCGGGGGUCGUCAUGAAAUCAUGCAGCUUUUCGAUCCCCGAGAAAACAAGCUUGCUCAUGCAGGAACUUUCAACAAUAACGUUGUCACCAUGGCGGCUGGUAUUGCCGGAUGCACCAUUUUGGAUGAAGCCUUGGCGAGUAGCCUCAACGAAAGGGGUGACCGGUUAAGACAUGAGAUUGCUGAGUUGAUACAGAAGCGACUGCCUGUAAUGUAUAAGCCAGGUUACGUGGGAAACAUAAUGGCAACACGAGGGCUAGGGAGCCUCUUCGUCAUUGGUUUUGUGGGCCCAGAGAGUAGCUCGCUUCAGGCACUCCUGUAUCAUCACUUACUUGAGCAAGGAAUUUUUAUCGCCGCUCGCGGAUUCUUGGCCUUGACGAUUGAGAUCACUGACCAACACUUUCAGCCUCUCUUAAGUGCUCUCGACGGGUUUAUUGACAGAUACAAGGGGGCUUUGAAUUAG